UUUUUCUGACCUCUUUCAUUCAAGUAGUGCGAACGCGGCCACGCCCCCUGCCAUGCCCUGUCCACGCCGCGCGCCUGCUCCUUGUCAAAUCCCUGCCUCGCUCCUCCCGCCCACUCUCCAGCGCCGCCCGUCGCCACAUUAAACUGCAACUGCUCCGCCGUCGCCAAGGCCAUUACAUCGUCGUCCAAGUAGCCGCCGCCCGCCGGGCGUCCCGAUAUAGUCGUAUAGAUGGGGAGCGGGAGCGGACCAGUCGUGUGGAGAGAGAUAGCGUCGUCGCCUCCGCCGGGAUUCGGCCGGCCGACGGAGGGAGUGCGCGGAACAGCCUCGGGGAGCGAGAGGCCGUCACCGGCCCCGGGAUUCGGCGCCGCGAGGCCGUCAUCGACGCAGUCCGGAGGUACCAAGUCUGCUGCUCGUACCGAUAUGUUGCUCGAAGCAGGAAUGGAAGCUGGCAGUGAUAAUCUUGAGGUUCAACGGCAUGUUGGGAAUGAAAGUGCAUCCCCCGCGAAAGGCACAAAGAGGAAAUUUGUUGUUGAUGCAACCGAAGGUGCAUCACCAGGUGUUAAUGCAAGUAACACUGGGCAGCACCAGCAUUCCCGCAGAAAAGGUAAGGGUCCUGGGAAACAUGCAAAGCUGGAAGACAACAAAGGUGCUACUAGGUUGGGGAGAGAUCAGACACCAAUCGGCGUAUUUGAAGAUGAAUGCGUUUUCUGCCAUUCAUUUAGAACCAGUGAGCCGUUCCAUGGUCCGAUGGUACUGUAUCACAAUAGAAGGAUUGUGCCCAGUGACGAGGGGAACCCUACCAACGCCAUCUAUGUCCACGAGAAAUGCAUGGUUUGGGCCCCAAAAGUGGAAUCCAAUGGUGAUACUUUUAAGAAUGUGGAGAGUGAAAUCAAUCGUUCUAAAAGAUUGAGAUGCAGAAGAUGCAAACUCCGGGGAGCAGCGCUUGGUUGUUAUGACAACUCCUGCAGAAAAAGUUAUCAUGUCCCAUGUGCAAUGAUGAUACCAGAAUGCCGCUGGGAUCCUGAGAAUCGCCGUGUUUGGUGCCCCAAGCAUGCACCACCUGAUGAGAUGAGCUCACCAACAAUGGAGAGUGACACUCUUUCGCCUGUCCUUCAAAAUCAUUCCAGCCAAUGUCCAGCUAAAGAAAUUUCGGUCGAUUGCCAAAUGGAAGAUGAACACAUUAAUCCAUUACCGUGCGAUGAGAUGAGCUCACCAAUAAUUGAAAGCGACAUUACUUCCGCUGUCCUUCAGAGUCAUUCCAGCCAAUGUCCAACUAAAGAAAUUUCGGUCGAUUGCCAAAUGGAAGAGGAACACAUUAAUCCAUUACCGGGCGAUGAGAUGAGCUCACCAAUAAUUGAAACUGACAUUACUUCCGCUGUCCUUCAGAAUCAUUCCAGCCAAUGUCCAGCUAAAGAAAUUUCGGUCGAUUGCCAAAUGGAAGAUGAACACAUUAAUCCAUUACCAGGCGAUGAGAUGAGCUCACCAAUAAUUGAAACUGACAUUACUUCUGCUGUCCUUCAGAAUCAUUCCAGCCAAUGUCCAGCUAAAGAAAUUUCCGGCGAUUGCCAAGUUGAAAAUGAACACAUUAAUCCACUCGCCACAUCAAAUUCUUCUUUGCCUGGACAAGUGCCUGGCCAAUAUUUAGUUAAAGGAGGAACAUCUGUCCUUGAUAGAAGGGAAGAUCUGCAAGUAGAUCAGCUGAACACCUCGAGUUCUUCCUUGCCUCAGGGCCAAUGUUUGGACAGAGGAAGAAUUUCUGCUAAUCACCGGAGAGAAGAAAAGCUAGUAAACCAGUCUAGCACCCCUGUGGAUCAAUGGGUUUUGCUCGGUAUAUCUUUAAGUGCAUCAGAAAAGGAUUCCUUGAAGGAAUUUGCAUCCUUAACCAGUUCAACCUUGGCUGAGGAAUGGAACAAAAAUGUGACCCAUGUAAUUGUGGGCAGAAACGCCGGUGAUGCAUGUGGCAGAUCAUAUGAGGUCCUGAUGGCGAUACUCUCUGGGAAAUGGGUUGUCACAGCCGGAUGGAUUGUGGAUUGCUUGGUGGAACCGAUUCCAGAUCUAAAAACUUGCUUGGAAAAGCCGAUCCCAGGCCCGGAAAUUUCUUACGAGGUGAAUUUCUGUGAUGGUUCGUGCACAUCAGGUUAUGGACCAACGAAAGGAAGAGCUACAGCUGCUGAACAGGCACCAAAACUGUUCUCGGGAUUGCAUUUCUGCCUCAGCACCUACAUAGACCCUGAAGACAGAGAAACCAUCCGAAGACUCGUAGCAGCUGGUGAAGGGCAAGUACUGGAGGGAAUCAGCCCAGACCGGUUGCAUGAGAAUCUGAACAGGAAUCCAGCGGAGGUGUACUUCAUCUACGACAGCGGCCCUCCAAGGAAGAUCACUUCGGAUUUCGAUCUUAUCCUUGCCAAGGAGAUUCAGGAGAGCAUCGAGUACGCGAAAUCGGGAGCGCAGGUGAUCAGCCACAGGAGGCUGCUCCACGCUAUCCUGUGCUACAAUGCGCGGAUCCUGGACCGGAGGCCUCACCAAGAUAUGUGAGUGAAGGGUGCGCUUCAGGCAGUGGCUUUUCGCUCGCGUUACGAGAGUUUUUUGGGUUCAGCCCCCCACAUGAGCUACGAGGGGGGCUGUCGAAAGUUGACGAAUCACACACUCUACUCACCCGUUAGGCUAUAGGGUGGUGUUUGUUGUUGUUUUGGUGCUGGAUUGCUCGUUUACCAGAUUUUUAGUACUUGCGCCAGACGGUAGUUUCGCGGUACGGAAGGCGCUUGUUGUGAAAUGGUUUAACCUUUUUGGCGGUGACUGAAACCUCUGUUGGGUAGCAUCAUAUGUUUGGAAUUGGAUUGUCAACUCUGAAGAAGUUCUCAACUGUUCCCCUUU